CAGAACGUCAUCGGAAAAGCCAGAAGUUUUGAAAAGGCACUGCUGACUGAAGAAUGAGACAGCAUUUAAUGUAGAACAGAGAUGGCGAGUGGACAGCUGUCGAGGGCGGAGGCAUUGGCAUGCUCAGGCUGCAGGCAUGCGUGCCAUGUGAUGCUCUACGCUGACACGAAAGCUCAGCUGUUUGGAAGAAUUCCCAUCAAACAUAUCAUACUGAUGCAGAUGCGCUUUGACGGUCUGCUGGGUUUCCCUGGCGGGCUCGUUAACCCUUCGGAGGAGACCCUUGAGUCGGGGCUUAGCAGGGAAUUGUCAGAAGAGCUGGGCCUGGCUUUGCCAAUCUCUGUUGAAGAUCAUGUGGAUUCUUGCUAUGCAGCUCCUUCCUCCCCCUCCUCCUCUUCACGUCUUAUCACUCACUUUUACGUGAAGAAGAUGGAUGAAGAGCAGAUUAGGGAGGUGGAGAGGGCAGCUGCAUCCACUGCAGCAGAUCACGGUUUGGAGGUCCUGGGAAUGGUCAGAGUCCCUCUCUACACCAUGAAAGGAGGAGGAGGGCUCGCAUCCUUCCUGUCACACUCUUUCAUCGGCAACGCUCGCUCCCAGCUGGUCCACUCGAUGCUGAGACUCCACCUGGUCGCCCCCGGGGAGUUGCACAAAGCCCUGAUGCACUCUCUAAAGACUCAUGCACACACGAAACAGGACCUGCAAGCAGCCCUGGCACUGACCCAGGGAUUGAGGAAACAGUUUUAAAAAAAUGCAGCUGCAUUGCUACAUCCUCUCAAAAUGUAAAUACAGAUCCAUCAGUACUGUUAUAGACAGUAACCGUGGGCAGACUGAACCGGCUUAAAUAGCGUGCCCUAUUUGACAUUUGUCAAUUAACUGUGUAGAAGGGUCUCAGCUGAGCUUGAUUUCCGUGGCCCGCCUGAACUAACCCUAUGCUCGGUUUUGACCCUCCGCAGCACAAUCUCACACAUAAACCUCCGCACUCACACUCAUGCUGUCACGCUGACUCUGAGCUGGUGACUCAUAAUUGCAUACUGUGCACCAAACAGUUUGGGGCAAAACAUUAUCAGCUCCCUUACAAUUAAUGGAAAUAAAGCUGUUCACACUGCCCAUCA